GAGCCCCCGACAGUGCCCGUGCUUGCUUGUGCUCCGUGCCUAGCGCCUUUGCUGCUCUGCUGGACGAUUGCGCAGAGGACACCUGGCGCACAGCCGUUCAUUGCAAGCGAUCCCAGUGGUAAAUGCUCGUUUUAACCUCUCAACUUUUGCAGCGUGACUGUUUUGUUUUUUUGGUUGCAGUUUUGUUUUUUUUUCUUUUUUUUUUCUAAAGAUACCUGCUCCGAGACCAAGGGUCUAUCAGGGUAAAAGAACCCUGUAGAGCCAGGCGUUUGGCUUCCAACUUAGGGCUUAAUGACACGGCUAUUCGCGACAGGUCUGGAAAGUUGCUUCGUGUGAGGAAGCAUGUGCGCAAACUUUAAAAGCUUUUUUAUAAUCGAGCGACAGUUUUUCAGAAUGAAGGCAGGUGAGUCACCCGUGGCGUGAGGGGCGAAAAGAGCUCCUCGGCUCUCCAGGUACUGGCAAGAAAAGACAAGAGAGAAGAAGUCGUGAUCUGUGCGGUGGAUAGCGCUACGGAGGACGGAGGGAACGGACCGAUGAGACAAUAUGGGUCCAUUGCUGUGUGAUGGACGACUGACACACCUCCUCUUCCCUUUGCUUCUUCUCUUGCGGGCUCCCCUGUUAUUCAGUUUUGGUGAGCGAACAUGCCCUAAUAGCUGCCGAUGUGAGGGAAAAACUGUCCAUUGUGAUUCAUCUGGAUUUUUAGAUGUUCCAGAAAACAUCUCCGUAGGCUGCCAGGGCCUUUCCCUGCGAUACAAUGAACUGCAUACGCUGCUACCAUAUCAGUUUGCUCACCUCAGCCAGCUUCUCUGGAUCUACUUAGACCACAAUCAGAUUUCAGUUGUUGACAGUCGAGCGUUCCAGGGGGUCCGCAGACUCAAAGAGCUCAUACUGAGCUCCAACAGGAUUACAGCCCUACACAAUUCAACAUUUCAUGGAAUUCCAAAUCUUCGAAGUCUGGACUUGUCCUACAACAAAUUAGAAAACCUACAGCCAGGUCAAUUCCAUGGCUUACGAAAGCUACAGAACCUUCACCUACGCUCCAAUGGUCUCUCCAACAUCCCAAUUCGAGCAUUUCUGGAGUGUCGAAGUUUGGAGUUUCUGGAUUUGGGUUACAAUCGAAUCAAAGCUCUUACCCGCACAACUUUUCUGGGUCUACAGAAGCUGAUGGAGUUACAUCUGGAACAUAACCAAUUCUCUCGGAUCAACUUUUUUUUGUUUCCACGUUUAGCCAACCUAAGAUCACUUUAUCUGCAGUGGAAUCGAAUUAGGGUGGUCAACCAGGGUCUGCCAUGGACAUGGUAUACACUGCAGAAGCUUGAUCUGUCUGGAAAUGAAAUUCAGACUCUGGACCCAGCUGUGUUUCACUGCUUGCCCAACCUGCAAGUCUUAAACCUGGAAUCCAACAAGCUGUCCAAUGUGUCUCAGGAGGCAGUGUCAGCGUGGAUCUCACUGACCUCAAUAAGUCUUGCUGGCAAUAUCUGGGAUUGUGGAACUGGGAUAUGCCCACUUGUUGCUUGGUUGAGAAAUUUUCGGGGUAGUAAAGACACAACAAUGAUAUGCAGCAGCCCAAAGUAUCUCCAGGGAGAAAAAGUCAUGGAUGCUACAAGGAGCCAUGGUAUUUGUGAGGAAACCGAUUACAUUCUGACUGAAACACCUUCACCAACAUCAGAGCUCAUUUCGGAAGCCACUGCCGAACCAACCUUUGGCCCCACAAGUGGCAUUCCACCUAUGCCACCGACCAGUACCUUUGGUCCUCUCCCACCAUUUAGACCUCGACCCAUUCCUCAUCCUACCUUUCCCGGGCAUAUGAGCAAAGAUCCCAGAGACUCAGUGGUUCGCCCUCGACCCACUCACAUACCACCCCCAGAGAUAGAGCACAUGACUCUGCACAAAGUGGUUGUGGGCAGCGUAGCACUCUUCUUCACCAUGUCGUUAAUCUUGACAGUUUUUUAUGUUUUGUGGCGGCGCUACCCAGGUGCAACCAGGUUGCUGCAGCAGAGAUCCAUGGUGGGACGGAAGCGUCGCAAAAAGAGUCCAGAGCCAGAACAGAACCUCAGCUCCCAGCUCCAAGAGUAUUACAUGAGCUACAAUCCUGCUGCAACACCGGAAGCAUUGGAGGUGCUAGGCAAUGGCACUGGUUCCUGCACUUGCACAAUUUCUGGCUCCAGGGAGUGUGAGAAUGAGUAUACAUGUCCACGCCCCCUACCCGGUGCCUGGUUGGGAGAUUUGCCUACCAUCCAUUAACCCUCAAACGGACUGCUUUCGGAUGAUGCAGCAAACCACAGAGACGCAAGGAGAGAGACAUAUGCAGAGAACCCACCAGGAUCCUACUCCCAUAGUUCACAUUUAAGGACACACUUACAAUGGCAUUCCACGCUAACAAAGGCAACCACGGACCAACACAAGGAGAUACUACUGUCUUUUUUUUUUCUUAAAAUUUUCUAAUGUCUUUUUUUGGCCUGUGGUCUUUGGUCAUUGGCUUUGCUCCUUUCCAUCACAUCGCUUCAUCACUACACAGAUACUGACACUGAUGACUGUGAACAUACAGUCUUACUGUAUGUUGCACAGUAGACCUUUUGAUGAAAACUCAUGAGAACUAACUGGAUGAUUAUGAACAACAACCAAGCUUAUUGUAUAGAUAUUAACAGCUUAUUGUCUCCAUGAGGACAACGAGGCACUGUACAAAUUCAAGAGGCUUUAAAAAGUGUAAAUCGAGCAAUGAGUCGUCAAUGAAAAUGCACUGAACAAGUAAUGGUGAUUGCUCUGUUAACUAAUCUGUGUAUAAUUUAAACUGGGCUUGCAUAUUUUGUUUCCAUAUGAAGCAUCAUUGUGUCACUUUUCACUUUUUUACUUUUUUUUUUUUAAGAAAGACUAUUCAAAGGCUAUGAUGUAAAUGUGCCUCACUGGAGCAGAAAAUUUAUGGAACGAGUCACUGAGUUUUUAAGCACCUGCCAGUAAAGAGGAAGUCUGUCGUCUGGUGGAAAUUAAGUAAGCAGCUGGAAUCUCCAUUUGAAGCUUGUGGAAAAUUGCCUGAAGAAGGCAAACUAUCCCCCAGCCAAUAACAUUUGGUGAAGAUGUUUGUUUAUUUGCUUUUUUGAAAUUAUUUUUUUAAGUUGUCAUUAACUGCAAUCAAACUUCGACUGUCUUGUACGAUUUGGAGGACAGCUAGGGCAAUCAAACGCAAAUGAGGGGAUAAAAGAAAAAAAAAAAGGUCCUAUCAAGGAUAAAAUGUGAUUUUCUGAAAUUAUAAUGUCGUUAACGUUGUACUUUAUAUAUAUAAAUAUAUAUAUGUGUUUCUGCAGUUUUCAAUGACAAAUACCAAAGAGCCAAAUGGAUACUUCUUGGCUUUUGGCUCUCCCAAACAAGAGCCAUAACAGGUCCAGGAAUGGUUCUUUUAAAUGAAAUAACCCCCCCUCCCCCCAAAAAAAUCUUAAGCUAGCCUCAACACCCCUGACGUACAGCAGUGCUCCAUUACUGAAUCGGCUUUUCUCAUGUGUAUAAUGUGUAUGUCUUUGUGGAAAAAAAAAAAUCUUACAAUUACAGUCUUCAUAAGGAAGAUAACUCUGAGCACUGCUUUACAUUGUAUGACUUUUGUUUAAUACAUGCUUCACUUUCCUUAAGAUAAUCAGCCCGCCUCUCUCCUCAAAGGAGAGUGCAGAUGUUGCUGUGUGUAGUUCCUGCGUGUGCUUGUGUUUCAUUCGUUUUGAGUUUGACACACCGAGUUUUGGAUUGUUUGUUUUGGACCUCUCGACAUAACCUUUCUACGGCGGAAAAUGAUAAUUUUCUAUUGUAAAUUUCUGUCCCUCCUCCCUUGAAUUUGUUGAUAUUUAGUAAGCAGCUGUAUUCUUUAUUCACUUUCGACAGUAUGUUUUAUAAAGAAAAUAAUGACUUUAUUGGUGAGCAAUAUGAAUU